GCCCGGGCAUCAGGUUACGGUUUAGCUCAAGGAGAGGCGCAAAGCGGGGGACGUCGGGUUCCAAGCAGUGAACGAGAGAGAGACAGAGAGCAAGUCCUGACCCGUGGUAGACUAGACCACUUCUAACUAUGAGUCCCGCGUCUACUAGCCUACUGGACAAUAAAUAACUCUAGACUCAGGGACAAAGAGGACAUUGCUAACGCCCGGCCUACUGCUGCGUGGUGGGCAUCCGGGCAGUGCAUGCAGGAACACAGGCUCCAGCCCAAUUGGACCUCUCACAUGUUCUAUCUAGGACGAAUAGGAAAUAUUUACUACAUUAAGUCACAGCAGUUCCCCUGCUCUGGGGGAAGAGAGGAGAAGGCUGGGAUGAGGAGAAGAGACGGAUAAAGUGAGUUCUGACUGAUGGAUGCGUGUUGUCAUCUAUUCUAGGAAGUAAAGCGACAGAUACAGAGAGCGUUGCUGAGUGAUGGUAUUCAUCUGACAAAGGCAUCGGCCGUUAGGCUACCCUUCUGACCGCAAUAAUAGCCUGCAAAGAAACCUCGGCAUAGGUUACCUGAUCUAACGAGGGACUGGAUCGGUGUGACAUUAGGGACAAAGACGUGAAGAAAGAACUUCCCCCGUUUCUCAGCUGCAAGUCAACGGUAUCACAUUGGCUUUCAUUCCGCCUUGAACCUCUCAAAACCGUAAUUUAGAGCCAACCGCUGUUGACACGAGCGCUUUGCGGACGGUUCAACCAAGGACAGCGGAGGUUUCAACGGGGAUCUGAAGACACAUCGGACAGAGAGACAUGUAUCUAACAUCGACCUCAUAUGCACCCGACUGACAAACACACAAGCCACAGAAAAAAGCCGUAGAUAGCGGCUACUGCCCCGCCACGCGCACGGCGGGUCCUGUGCUCUCACCGGCUCACUCUAUCUCCCGGUUGUGAGAAUGGCAGGGGUCGCGUGUUGGAAAUGUUACCUCUGGAUCUUUAUUGUCGUAUUUAGGCCGACGUUACCUUCUGACGCCAAAUCACUGGAAACGAUAAUGUGGAGCACUCAGAAUGCCAAGUUCCUGUCAGGUAGAGGGCUGGUCAUCUACCCAGAUAUCGGGGACAAGCUGGACAUUAUCUGCCCCAAGGCUGAGCCAGGACGAGACUAUGAGUUCUAUAAGCUGUACCUGGUCAGGAGGGAGCAGGCGGAGGGGUGCAGCACGGUCAUGGACCCCAACGUACUGGUCAACUGUAACAAGCCAGAAAAGGACAUAAAGUUCACCAUCAAGUUCCAGGAGUUUAGUCCCAACUAUAUGGGCCUGGAGUUUAAGAAGAAUAUGAAUUACUACAUCACAUCCACAUCCAAUGGUUCAGUCGAAGGCCUGGAGAACAGAGAGGGAGGAGUCUGUAAGACCAGGGCCAUGAAAGUGGUUAUGAAGGUCGGACAAGACCCCAACACUGUUCUACCAGACCCUGUAUUACCAGAGGAACCUGAGAGAGGGAAGGACAACGGUCUGGGAGGAGACUUCAGUCCUAGCCCUGAGGACAACCAGCUGCCUGGAGCAGGAGAGUCAGGCAACACUGACUCUAUAAACCAGGACAACAGGUCAGGAGGUUCCAGCAGCAGUGACAGCAUCCUGGGGUCAAAGGUUGCUGUGUUUUCAGCCAUCGGAGCUGGCUGCAUCAUCUUCCUCCUCCUCAUCCUCUUCCUCGUCAUCCUGCUCAUCAAGAUGAGGAAGAGAGUCCAGAAGCACUCUCACGCCCAGCCACACCCCUCCGCCAUGGCACUCAGCAUGCUGUCCAAUCAGAACAAGCUGCCUGGCAGCGGGGGCACAGCCGGGACGGAACCCAGUGACAUCAUCAUCCCGCUGCGGACGGAGAAUAACUACUGCCCUCACUACGAGAAGGUGAGCGGUGACUACGGACAUCCUGUUUAUAUCGUACAGGAGAUGCCUCCACAGAGCCCAGCAAACAUCUACUACAAAGUCUGAGAGGACGAGGAGCACAUAAAUAUCCUCUAAAUGAGAAAAGCAAAUUAACAUAUACAAUGUCCUAGAGGAGAGGAGCGAUUGAACAUCUACUACAGUGUGAGUUGAAGAGAGAAGGACAGGAGAGAUUGAACAUCUACUACAGUGUGAGUUGAAGAGAGAAGGACAGGAGAGAUUGAUUACUCUGCUACUGGACUGUUUUAUUUUAAUUUGGGGACUUGGCUUUUAACAAGCCCAUGUUUUUCUACCACCUACUGACCUAAGGAAAGGACACCUGACAGUGGACCAUGGACUGAUCGAGAAAAACUGAACUGACAGAAACUGUCCAGUACACCUCGUCAUGUUGAUGUGAUGUUUUACCCUCUAUCUCCCUGUCCUCUAUCCCCCUGUCCUCUAUCCCCCUGUCCUCUCCUCCUGUCUUCUACCCCCUGUCCUCUAUCUCCCUGUCCUCUAAUCCCCUGUCCUCUAUCCCCC